GGUUGGGAGUGAGGCUUGGAACGCAGAAGCAGGAAGUGGUGGGAUAAACUUGGAUUUAGAGACUUCUUUUCCUGCUACACUGAUAUCCAUCCCGAGGAGGUGUUACAGUGGGCCUCCCAACCUGAAGAUGGAGGAAAAGAGGAGUGAGAUGACCGAGAGGAUAUUAAACCUCACCCUGGAGAUCAUCUACCUGCUGACCGGAGAGAGCCCAUCUGGAAAGUCUCACAACCACUUGACCAUCACGUUGCCUCUACCUCAUUCCCUGACACCCCAGAGAAACAACGACAAGAGGAUUCUAGAAGUCACCAACAAGAUUAUUGAGCUGCUGACAGGAGAGGUUCCUAUAAGGUGUCAGGAUAUCACUGUCUAUUUCUCCAAGGAGGAGUGGGAGUAUUUCGAAGGACACAAGGGCCUCUACAAGGACGUCAAGAUGGAGGACCACCAAACCAUCACAUCUCCAGAUUUAUCUGAAGGUGCUACAGUAGAGUUUUCAGCUUCUAUUGAGGAGGAACCUGAGGAACAUCAUGUUGAGGAGGAACCUGAGGAACAUCAUGUUGAGGAGGAACCUGAGGAACAUCAUGUUGAGGAGGAACCUGAGGAACAUCAUGUUGAGGAGGAACCUGAGGAACAUCAUGUUGAGGAGGAACCUCUACGCCUGGACAUCUCCACCCUGACACAACAGGAGCAGUACACAGUUACCCAUAUUAAAGAGGAACCUCUCCUAGAAGAAGAUCUAUCUCAUGCCGAAAUGUAUACACCUUCGGAAUAUGACCGUCUCCACAUUAAAGAGGAGCCCAUCUCAUGGGACCAGAUAAGUACUUCACAUCCAAGCAUCUACACACCUUUGGACCUUUCUCAGUACAUUGCUCCCCCGAGGAUUAAAGAGGAGCCGCUCUCCAGAGCAAAGAGCUCCAUGAACGCCCUUUCUGUAGAGACCCAGUACGCUCAGGGCCGCCAGGCAUACGUCAGGGCCAGGCCGCACUUCUGCUUCUUCUGCCAGAAAAAUUUCAGUAGCGGCCCAGAGCUCCUCCGGCACCAAGUCGUCCACCAGGGCAUGCGCUCUUUCCUGUGUUCCCAGUGCGGAGAGACUUUCCCCACCAGCUCCCUUCUCUCCGUCCACCACAGACUACACAAAGGGAUGCAGGUCUACCCGUGCAGCGAAUGCGGCAAAUGCUUCAGCUGUAGCGCCCACUUGACCCUUCACCAGAGGGUCCACACGGGGGAGCGGCCGUUCUCCUGCCCGGACUGCGGUAAACGGUUCAACCGCAACGCCCACCUGACGGUGCACCGGCGCAUUCACACCGGGGAGAGGCCUUACUCUUGCAACUUCUGCGGCAAGAGCUUCAACUGCAGCGCCAGCCUCAUCGUCCACCGCCGGAUCCACACGGGAGAGAAGCCCUACCCCUGCUCCGAAUGCGGCAAACCCUUCUCUACCAAUUCCGACCGCAUGAAGCACCAGAGGACGCACGGCGGCUCUCGGCCCUUCUCCUGUCCGGACUGCAGCCAGAGGUUCACUUGUAGGCCGGAUCUCCUCAAACACCAGAAGGUCCACGCCGCGGAGAAGCCGUACUGCUGCUCCGUGUGCGGGAAACGCUUUGCUCAGAAGGCUUUGCUGAUGCUGCACUAUCAGACGCACGCGGACUAGGGGCGGGGAGGAACGUGUAAAUAAAAAAAAAAA